CCUUUAUCCCGUCGCGGUGAUUUGCCCCUGCUUCAACGGUCUCGUUUCCUGUUCCUCGAAUUCUCCGUCCACAGCAGAUCCAAAAGUUCCGGGACCCCAGCCCACAGUUUGAUUUCUUCAGCGGGCCCCCUCCGCUCCCCUUCGGUCGUGGACCCUGACCCGACGCCACAAAGAACCCUUGUCCUGGUGUGUUUUUCUCUUUGCUCUAACAGUCCAACUCUUCCUCUCGUAGCCGUCUCUGCCAGCCCUACCGCGACUGCCCCGCUUUCACGAGUAUACAACCCUGCUGCCCCGCUCCCUAACCGUUCGGCCCGUCGCUUUUCGUUCCUCUGCCAAAGGCUCCCGUCGCAGCAAAAGCGCACCAUGGCGUCCAACUCGGGCCGCAGGCUCAACAUCGACAACAUCAACCCGCACGUCCGCGCUGCCAAGUACGCCGUGCGCGGCGAGCUUGCCGUCAAGUCGGAGGAGUACCGUGCUGCUCUGCAGAAUGGCGCGACGGACCUGCCUUUCAAGCAGGUCAUCUCGGCCAACAUUGGCAACCCCCAGCAGCUCGACCAGAAGCCCAUCACAUUCAUCCGCCAGGUCCUCAGUAUCCUCGAGAACCCGGCCCUGCUCGAGAAGGGCGAUGUGCUGGUGAACCACCUGGGCUACAAGCCCGACGUGCUGGAGCGGGCCAAAAAGCUGCUCGCCGCCGUCGGCUCCGUCGGCGCCUACAGCCCCAGCAAUGGCGCUCCCGCCAUCCGCCAGAGCAUUGCCGAGUUUCUCGAAAGGCGGGAUGGCUUCCCGGCUAACCCAGCCGACAUCUACAUGUCGGCCGGAGCCUCUUCGGGCGUCAAUACCCUUCUGCACAUCAUCUGCGCCGACGAAAAGUCGGGCGUCCUCGUCCCCAUUCCCCAGUACCCCCUGUACACGGCCUCGCUCUCGGUCCUGAACGCCACCUGCGUGCCGUACUACCUGGACGAGCAGAAGAACUGGGGUACCGACCUAGCGACGAUCAGGGCCGCCCACGAGAAGGCGAAGGCUGAAGGCGUCGACGUGCGCGCCAUUGUCAUCAUCAACCCGGGCAACCCGACCGGUGCCUCGCUCCCGGAGGAGGAUAUCCGCGCCGUCAUCGAGUUCGCCCGCCAGGAGCGCCUCGUCAUCCUCGCGGACGAGGUCUACCAGACCAACGUCUUCAUCGGCGAGUUCAUCAGCUUCAAGCGCAUGCUGCGGCAGAUGCAAAAGGAGCAACCCGGCACCUACGACAACAUCGAGCUCGCCUCCCUGCACUCCGUGUCCAAGGGCAUGAUCGGCGAGUGCGGCCAUCGCGGCGGCUACUUUGAGCUCGUCGGCUUCGACCCGCUCGUGCAGGCCGAGAUCUACAAGUUCGUCUCCAUCAUGCUCUGCGCCCCCGUCAUCGGCCAGUGCCUCGUCGAGCUCAUGGUCAACCCGCCCAAGCCCGGCGAGCCCUCCUACGACCUCUACAUCCAGGAGUACAACGCCAUCUUCAACGGCCUCCACGAGCGUGCCACCGCCCUCCACAAGGCCUUUGAGCAGAUGGAGGGCGUCGAGUGCGGCGUCCCUCAGGGGUCCAUGUACCUCUUCCCCACCAUCAAGCUGCCGCCCAAGGCCGCCAAGGCCGCCGCGGCCGAGGGUCGCACCCCGGACGAGUUCUACUGCCUGCGCAUGCUCGAGGCCACGGGCGUCUGCGUCGUCCCUGGCUCCGGCUUCGGCCAGAAGGAGGGGACGCUUCACUUCCGCACCACCUUCCUCGCCCCCGGGACCGAGUGGGUCGGCAGCAUCGUCAAGUUCCACAAGGAGUUUAUGGACAAGUAUCGCUGAUCGAUCCUUCAACCCGCGCCGCCCUCUUCUCUCUUCUCUCUCUCCCACACCCUCUCCGUCUCUCCCCCUCUCUUACCCUCACUUCUCUUCCCCUUUUUUCUUGGUGUGUGUGUCUUGGUUGAAGGAAAGAGGACCCGCAAAGGCGUUUGUUGGGCACGAUGCACGAACGAAAUAAAAAGACUAGACCAGCCAGAUUAUCAUAAAGAAAAAGCAUUUUGAGUAGCAUUGCAUGCCUUGAUCCCAUAUGUUAUUUGA